UGAUCUUUCAGCACAGCGGCCUCAGAAGCACAUUGCAACUAUGGCCGGCGACACUAUAACACACAUACGGGACCGGGGCGAGAACACCAACGUAAUACGACAACCUUUUCUCAUCGGUGUCUCUGGAGGCACCGCCAGCGGAAAGUCGUCCGUGUGUGAGAAGAUCAUGGAGCUGCUGGGCCAGAACAAGAUCGACCACCACCAAAGGCAGGUGGCUAUCCUCAGCCAGGACAGCUUUUACAAGGUGCUGACCCCCGACCAGAAAGCCAAAGCACUAAAGGGCCAGUACAACUUUGACCAUCCAGAUGCCUUUGACAAUGAACUGAUCAUGCAGACACUCAGACAGAUCCUGCAAGGGAAGACUGUCCAGAUUCCAGUGUAUGACUUUGUCACUCAUUCCAGGAAGGACGAGUUUAUUACAGUGUAUCCGGCUGACGUGGUCCUGUUUGAGGGCAUCCUGAUGUUCUACUCGCAGGAGAUCCGCGACCUAUUCCAGAUGAAGCUGUUUGUCGACACGGACCCAGACACGCGACUCUCCCGUAGAGUUCUGAGAGACAUCGGAGAGCGUGGGCGAGAGCUGGAGCAAGUGCUGGCACAGUACAUCACUUUUGUAAAACCGGCCUUUGAGGAGUUCUGCUUACCAACGAAGAAGUACGCUGAUGUGAUUAUUCCACGAGGAGCAGAUAAUCUUGUGGCCAUCAACUUGAUAGUCCAGCACAUCCAAGACAUUCUAAAUGGCGGCCUAAGUAAGCGUCACAACGGCUGCACCAACGGCCACAGCACCCCGAGGCAGCGACGGACAUCUGAAUCCAGCAGCCGGCCGCAUUGACCUCGCCGCACCUCUCUUCCCAGGGCGGAGAGGGGUGGGGGUUGGGGUGGCAGCGCUGUAAAUAAUGCCUUGUUGGCAUCACUGUAUUUAAGAUGAGUGAGACGGGGGGGGGGGGAAGAUUUGCAUAAAGAAUCCAAAUGCCUUUUUAUUACUAUGACUACUCCUUGAUAUUAGUUACAUUCAUUGUAAUUGUUGAAUUGUGGGGUUGGCAUUUAUGUCAGGAGUGUUAAAGAUACAUGAUGACCUUGGGGUUGUAUGGACAACCAUGCGUUUUUCUUGCAAGCUUAUCCUUUUGUUUCAAUGUAUCCCCUUCAGUUUAUGCUGAUGACAAAUAAAAGAGGGGAAAUGUUUUUGUUUUUUAAAUAUAUUUUAAUAUCUGAUAAAACUUGAACCUCCAAUAGUUUGGGAGUGGUAAAUGUUUGGAUCAGUUGCAAUCAGACAGUUGUGGACUAGAAGACAAGUUUGAAGAAACCCAGGUUGCACUUUGUGUUUGACAAUCUCGGGAUUGCUUCCUACUUUUUCAGUGUUCCCUUGUGAAGUGUACUGUUUAACACUACAGCAUUUGUAACAUAACAUUGUUUGCAGCAGCAGAAAGACUAAAUAACAAACACCUGACAUACACCUCUUCACUUAUGCAAAAGAACCAGCGUAAUAAUUUGGUAUGGCUGUUGAAUCAGUGAAAUGCUUCAAUUGCAUUCCAAACAAUGCUUUAGUUAUAUCCGAGGUAAAAAUAUUAGGCUUAGCUUUAAUUGAGAAUUCGUUGAGUAGGGUUUACGUAUACUCAGGUUUACUAAAGGUUUUUUGCUCUGCAAAGGUUGCUGCCACAGCAAUAUCUGUGUGGCCAUAAGCCACUAAGGUCCACCACAAUGCCUCCAUAAAGUUGCCUCAGGUUAACGUGCACAGCAAGUAUCCACGCCAGUUUCCGGUUCUUCCGGGUACAAUAAAAUGGCUUUGAAUCAUUUUUCUAUUACGUGUUCUGUAUUUAUUUUGUAUAAUGCGACUGAAUUAUUUGUACAGUAAAACUUGAAUAUGUUCAUUGUAAAUGAAUGACUGGAUGGCAUUAGUAGU